AGGAAGGGGGAGGAGGAAGCAUGGAGGGGCGUGAUUAAUGAUCAUGGGGUUGAAGGCUCUAGGACUGCUGAUGGGGACACACGUGCAGAAGAAAACGCAGUAGUUCAAUGCGUUCCGGCAGCACAAUAGUUUCGAAGGUGUGACAAUGAAAAGGAUGAAAUGUACGGAGGAUGUCCUAAAAUGCGUUCCCUAGAAAUGACCAAUUAUCUUCUUGUGUAGAGCACAGAGGGUUAAGUUUGGGUUUGAUUUAAUCACACAUUUUAUCCACAGGUAUCUUGACAUCAUCUACAAAUGUGGACUUCAUUGUUCUUCAGAGGCCAGUGUAUUCUGAAACGCAGAGGUCACCUUCAGAGACAUUUGUCUGCAAGAGUUAGCAAAAGCAGAGAAGAAGAUGAUCUGCCAGUAUUUCAAUAUGUGGGCGAGAGGUCGAAAAGGAAAGAACGGGUAUUUGUUUGGGGAUUUUCUUACACGGGAGCAUUGGGCAUCCCCAGUUUUGUUAUUCCUGACACAGGAACAAAGAAACCUAAAAGAUACCAGCUGACGCCCUACAGGUUGGAGAUGGAUGAAAAGAUUUCAUCAGCAGCCUGUGGCUAUGGAUUCACUCUACUAUCUUCAAAAACUGCUAACAUCUCAAAGAUUUGGGGAAUGGGUUUAAAUAAGGAUUCACAGAUUGGAUUUCACAGAAGCAGAAGAGAUCGAACUAAAGGAUAUGAGUACAUUCUGGAGCCAUCUCCAGUCCCAUUACCACUGGAUAAGCCCCAGGAGACAAAAGUGUUGCAGGUGUCUUGUGGCCGAGCACAUUCGCUUAUACUGACAGACAAAGAAGGAGUUUUCAGCAUGGGAAAUAACUCUUACGGGCAGUGUGCACGAGAAGUUAUUGAAGGAGAAAUAUAUAGUGAAAGCCAGCUGAUUCACAGGGUCAAAGAGCUGGAUAACACAGUGGUUCAGGUUGCGUGUGGUCAAGACCACAGUUUGUUCAGGACAGAGAAAGGAGAAGUGUACUCUUGUGGAUGGGGAGCAGAUGGGCAAACAGGACUUGGUCAUUUUAAUGUGUGCAGCAACCCAACAAAGCUAGGCGGUGAUAUGGCAGGUGUCAAUAUUAUGCAGGUAGCCACUUAUGGGGAUUGCUGCCUCGCAGUUUCAGAGGAAGGACAACUGUUUGGCUGGGGAAACUCUGAGUACAUGCAGCUUGCAUGUGUCACGGAUUCUACACAGGUCAAUGUACCACGAUACUUACCAUUCCAGCAUGUCGGAAGGGUGAAGCAGGUUGCUUGCGGGGGCACAGGUUGUAUAGCUGUAAACGAAGAUGGGAGUGUCUUCGUCUGGGGAUAUGGUAUUCUUGGAAAAGGACCAAAUUUUUUAGAAGCCCAACAACCUGAAAUGAUUCCUCCAUCCCUGUUUGGUCUGUCUGACUUUAAUCCUGAUAUAAGGGUAACCAGGGUCUUCUCUGGUCUUGGACACUUUGCAGCAAUGAACAAUCGAGGAGAGUUGUUUGUUUGGGGCAAAAAUUUGAGGGGCUGCUUAGGUACCGGAAGAUUUGAAGACCAGUAUUUUCCCUGGCGGGUGACUGUUCCUGGAGAAAUAGUGGAUGUUGCUUGCGGUGUAGACCAUAUGGUGGCUCUUGUGAAAUCAUUAAUGUGAGCUUUGUCUUACAACAGAACCAGUUGAUGUUGCAGCUCUCUGUCAUUACUGCUGCUCCUUACAAUAAUACCAAAUGCAUCACCAACUAGGUGGAAUUCUGUACAACUGAAUUUCAAUAUGCUGUAAGCAACAUUUUGAUGUUGUCAUGUCACAUUUCACACAGUUCAUGUUUAUGUAAAAUAUAUUUAAGGCAAGUAUGUGAUGAAAGGAGGAUAUAUUUACUAUGCUUUUUACACUAAUACAACCAACUGUGCUCGGAUUCAUAUUGGGGUGGAUGCUUGUAUUCACAUUAAAGACUGAUUUUUUUUAAACAUAAAA